CGGGUAAAAAGGUCAAUUCCUGGUAUGAUCCGAUAAAACAAAAUAUUAAAAAUUUGUCAAUUUUUCGAUUUUGAGACAAAUUUUUAAAAAAAUUAUAAACCUAUAUUUUUUAAAUAGAGCGGUAAUUUAAUUUAAACAUAGUAAAGUUAAGGGCAGAGAAGGUAGAUUAUAACCUCUUUUGUGGUUAUAUUUGUGGUUUAUUAAUGUUGUAUGGGUAAACAUUCUCGACUGUGUUACAAAAUAAUAACUUUCAUAUAAAAAUAUAUAAAUAUCAAAUUUAGACCAAUUUUUUUGGCAUAAAAUUGAAGAAAUAUGCCGACGACUGUGGGAGGAUACGACACACAUGACGACGGCCCCGGCUUUGUCGGCAUACGAUUUUGUCAAGAAUGUAAUAACAUGUUAUAUCCCAAAGAGGACAAAGAAAACAAAGUUUUGCUAUAUGCAUGUAGAAAUUGUGACUACAAACAGCUCGCCGAUAGCAACUGUAUCUAUGUGAACAAAAUUAUGCACGAAAUCGACGAGCUGACACACAUCGUGUCCGAUGUUAUUUCCGAUCCAACACUCCCUAGGACGGAGCAGCACCCGUGCCCAAAGUGCAACCACAGGGAGGCCGUUUUCUUCCAAGCCCAGACGAGAAGAGCCGAGGAAGAGAUGAGACUUUAUUAUGUAUGCACAAAUCAACAUUGUACACACCGAUGGACUGAAUGAAUGCUUUUAAUUUUCAUUUACUUUUAUAACAUUUAUUUCAAACUGUAAAAUAAAGAAAAAUGUACAAAAUAAUAAAA